CAUUUUCCUUAACACCAGAGAUUUUUCAGAGAUGAUGAAGAUGAUGCUCAGAAUUGCUCUCUGCACUGAAAUGGACUUGUUUUCAUUUACAAACUCGGAUAACCGCGCCUGACAACUUUUUCACUAACUAACUAAAGAGGCUGUAAAAUGGCAAAACUGUUUGCUGAUGCUCUUUUGUUAAUUUUGAGUUUGUUAAACAUUUUCACCGUGGGAGACCUGCACUCAUUUCAAGACUUGUCUGAUGAUCCGAACAAUAUUUUACAUCAGCAGAGAGAAGCAGAGCUCAUUUCAGCUUCACACACACGCACAAGAUCCAAGCGCUGCACUUGCUACUCCUUUAAGGACAGGGAAUGUGUUUAUUACUGUCACUUGGGCAUCAUCUGGAUCAACACCCCACAGCGCACAGUUCCCUAUGGCAUGUCAAGUUACCGCAGCCCUCAGCGACUGAGACGCUCCAGCGGGACAGUAGCGGUGGCGCUUCAUCGCUGCACAUGUGCUGACCACAACGAUGCCCAGUGCUAUAACUUCUGUGAUGCAAGAACACAGAAUGUACCAGACAGAAGAUUGCGAGGACGUACACCUGGGUAAAAGCGCUGGCUUCUCGUCCCAUCACGAGCCUCUGAGAUAGGACUAAUGAUCAGCAUCAAACCGGGCACCUAACUUGGUACAGGCUUUGGAUUUUUACAGAUGUGGAGCAAAACAUACCCUGCAUUCCUCUACGUGUUAUAGUUCCUGGAACACCCUUUCCUCAUCUGGUCCACGGUAACACGUGAAUUCUUUUAGAAAACUCUUUGCAGAUUUCGGAAGGAUGUCUGUGUGGCACCCACAUGUUUGCUAAAAUCAUGUCCACUUGUUUCAGUGUUUCACUCUGACUUUACAUCUACAUUUAAUGCAAAUACUCAGUGGACAUCCUUUGGGAAUUUGGGA